CAGCGCACCUCUCUGCCCUCACCCCAUGACCCAGUUCCUUGGACCUUGAGGAGGGACUAGGGGACACACUCGGCCACCCCGGCCACAGGCCUGUCCUCAGCCCCUCCCACACACUUGUUCACCCUCGGCUUGGGGCAGGGAGGCCGGUUUAGAAGGGAGGGCGGCCAACUUACAACAUGCAUGUGAGACUCUGCUGGGGGCACACAGGCGCAUCUCCCUCCCUGUGAGGGGUGCAUACCUAGUCACAUGCACAUGCACAGACAGGGAUUGAGGCACAUGGGGAGACACAUGCAGUGCAGAAACCAGGGACACACGUGCAUACAUGAGCACAUGCACUCACGCACACGCUCACUCACAUGUGCACAGAGCUGCGUGCAAAUUCACACACAAGGAACCCCCUCUCCCUGUCGCACAGCCCUAAGCCGGGGAGAUUCACCUGCACAUACUCCCGCAUCUUUGCCCAGAACUGCCUGGCUGUCUCUCUCCGUUGCUGUCCCCUCAGCCCUCCACACUCUAAGCUCCUGCACGCGGGGGACCUUUCUGGACUAGAGGCCAGGUAGGACUCAGCUCAGUGGCCAUGGGCAAGCAGAACAGCAAGCUUCGGCCUGAGAUGCUGCAAGACCUGCGGGAGAACACGGAGUUCUCGGAGCUGGAGCUGCAGGAGUGGUACAAGGGCUUCCUCAAGGACUGCCCCACGGGCAUCCUCAACGUGGACGAAUUCAAGAAGAUCUACGCCAACUUCUUCCCUUACGGUGACGCCUCCAAGUUCGCUGAGCACGUCUUCCGCACCUUCGACACCAACAGCGAUGGCACCAUUGACUUCCGGGAGUUCAUCAUCGCGCUGAGUGUGACCUCGCGUGGCCGCCUGGAGCAGAAGCUCAUGUGGGCCUUCAGCAUGUAUGACCUGGACGGCAACGGCUACAUCAGCCGCGAGGAGAUGCUCGAGAUUGUGCAGGCCAUUUACAAGAUGGUUUCGUCGGUGAUGAAGAUGCCGGAGGACGAGUCGACCCCGGAGAAGAGGACGGAGAAAAUCUUCCGCCAAAUGGACACGAAUAACGACGGCAAGCUGUCCCUGGAGGAGUUCAUCCGCGGAGCCAAGAGCGACCCGUCCAUCGUGCGCCUGCUGCAGUGCGACCCCAGCAGCGCCUCCCAGUUCUGA